GGUGGAGUUUCGUUAUAAUAUACCCCACAAUAUCAAUAGGAUAGCCUCAUCUUGUUAUUGCUUAGGAAAACGCCUGAUUAUACAAACAAUGACUGAAAACGUUACGAGAGUUUUGGUGACGGGUGCAUCUGGUUACAUAGCAACCCACAUCGUGAAGCAACUCCAGGAAGCUGGUUACAAGGUCAGAGGAACGGUCAGGAGUCUUACCAACCCCAAGAAAGUAGGUCCUCUCAAGGAACUCUGUCAGAACCCUGCCCAUGAACUGGAACUGGUAGAAGCUGACUUGAAUAAAGAUGAAGGAUGGAAAGAAGCCGUGCAGGGGUGCAGUCAUGUUCUCCAUACAGCUAGUCCUUUCCCUAUGGCUGCUCCGAAGCAUGAAGAUGAACUCAUCAAGCCUGCUGUAGAGGGUACAACAAGAGUUCUCCAGGCAUGUAAGGAGGUGGGCGGGGUCAAAAGAGUUGUGGUAACCAGUUCAUGUGCAGCUAUCAGUGAUCUUGCUGAAACCCCUAAAGAACCUUUGACAGAAGAAGUAUGGUUGAAAGUGGAGAAGCUGGGUCUAAUAGAUGCGUACGCCAAAAGCAAGGCACUCGCUGAAAGAGCCGCAUGGGAUUUCGUUGAAAAACUUCCAGCUGAUUCGAAGUUCGAGCUGGCCGUCAUCAAUCCAUCCGUCGUCUUGGGGCCGGUGUUGUGUGGAGGAGCAGGUACCAGCGUAGAGAUCGUACGACGUCUGAUGGAACGCGAUCCAGGCAUGAUUGCAAAGCUCAGCUUCCCGGUGUGUGACGUCCGUGAUGUCGCUAAGGCACACGUCAUCGCAAUGACACUACCCGAAGCAAAUGGUAAUCGUCAUAUUAUUUCUCCAUACACAAUGUGGUUUCAAGAGAUGUCUCAAGCACUGAGAGAAGAGUUCGUUAAACAAGGAUAUAAUCCACCGACAAGAUUGGCUCCAUUCUUUUUACUCAAAGUCCUUAGCUGGUUCGACUCUACCACGAAGAAGAUCGUUCAAGUUCAUGGUCACUAUCCGAAGUUUUCCGAUCAUAGACUUCGUCAAGUCCUCGGCAUCACACCUUACGACCCAAAGGUAUCUCUCGUUGACAUGGCAUAUUCGUGUAUCGAUCGUGGUUUCAUCGUCAAGAAGACUGGAUAUAAACCACGAGACUAAAAAUAAUAAAUUUGACAAAAUUGAGAUGCCACAUCGACUGCGGCAGUUUACAGUACAGAUGGUAAAAUACAUAAAAGAAAAAACAAUUAACAUCUGAUACUCUAUUAUCAUUAUUAUUACUUAAUUGGCAGAGAAAGACACAAUUGACAAUGAAAACAUAAAGAUUAAGCAA